AUGGCGGCGCGUGGCCUGGGCCGCUGCGCGGGGCGGCUCCUGGGCAGCCUGUGCGGGCGCUCGGUGCAGCCGGUGCCACAGCUGCGUGGGGUGAGAGCCGCCCCCGGGGCUGCGGGGCAGCCAGGCUCGUACCAGGCGCAGAGCGCACAGGCGGCCCGGGAUCCCGCCGCUUUCUGGGGGCCGCUGGCUCGGGACACGCUGGUGUGGGACACCCCCUAUCACACGGUCUGGGACUGUGAUUUCAGCAGCGGGAAGAUCGGCUGGUUUCUAGGAGGCCAGUUAAACGUGUCUGUCAAUUGCUUGGAUCAGCAUGUUCAGAAGUCCCCGGAGAGCGUCGCUUUGAUCUGGGAGCGGGAUGAGCCUGGAACCGAAGUGAGGAUCACAUACAGGGAACUGCUGGAGACCACGUGUCGCCUGGCAAAUAUGCUGAAGAGACAUGGCAUCCGUCGAGGGGACCGUGUGGCCAUCUACAUGCCUGUUUCCCCACUGGCUGUGGCCGCAAUGCUGGCCUGUGCCAGGAUUGGAGCUGUCCACACCGUGGUCUUUGCUGGCUUCAGUGCAGAGUCCCUGGCUGGGAGGAUUAAUGAUGCCAAGUGCAAGGUAGUCAUCACCUUCAACCAAGGACUCCGGGGAGGGCGCGUGGUGGAGCUGAAGAAGAUCGUGGAUGAAGCUGUGAAGCACUGCCCAACCAUCCAGCACGUCCUGGUGGCUCACAGGACAGACAACAAGGUCCACAUGGGUCAUCGGGACAUCCCCCUUGAGCAGGAAAUGGCCAAGGAGGACCCUGUGUGCGCCCCAGAGAGCAUGGGCAGUGAGGACAUGCUCUUCUUGCUGUACACUUCGGGGAGCACUGGGACCCCCAAGGGACUCGUCCACACCCAGGCGGGCUACCUGCUCUAUGCCGCCCUGACACACCGGCUUGUGUUUGACUACCGGCCAGGUGACGUCUUUGGCUGUGUGGCCGACAUUGGCUGGAUCACAGGACACAGCUAUGUGGUGUACGGACCCCUGUGCAAUGGAGCAACCAGCGUCCUUUUUGAGAGUACCCCGGUUUACCCUGAUGCUGGUCGAUACUGGGAGACGGUGCAGAGGUUAAAGAUCAAUCAGUUCUAUGGGGCCCCGACGGCUGUCCGGCUGUUGUUGAAAUAUGGCGACUCCUGGGUGAAGAAGUAUGACCGCUCUUCCCUGAGGACCCUGGGCUCAGUGGGAGAACCGAUCAACUUUGAGGCUUGGGAGUGGCUCCACAAGGUGGUGGGGGAUAGCAGAUGCACGCUGGUGGACACGUGGUGGCAGACAGAAACGGGUGGUAUCUGCAUUGCGCCACGGCCCUCAGAAGAAGGAGCAGAGAUCCUCCCUGGCAUGGCAAUGAGGCCCUUUUUUGGCAUUGUCCCAGUGCUCAUGGACGAGAAGGGAAACGUCGUGGAGGGCAGUAAUGUCUCUGGGGCUCUGUGCCUGUCCCAGGCCUGGCCAGGCAUGGCAAGAACCAUCUAUGGAGACCACAAGAGAUUCAUGGAGGCCUACUUCAAGCCUUACCCAGGCCACUACUUCACUGGUGAUGGGGCGUACCGGACAGAAGGCGGCUACUACCAGAUCACAGGGCGGAUGGACGACGUCAUCAACAUCAGCGGCCACAGGCUGGGGACUGCAGAGAUCGAGGACGCAAUGGCUAACCAUCCUGCUGUGCCAGAGACCGCUGUCAUUGGCUAUCCCCAUGACAUCAAAGGAGAAGUUGCAUUUGCCUUCAUCGUGUUGAAGGACAACACAGGUGACACAGACGCGGUGUUGAAGGAGCUCCGAUCUGCAGUGGCCACCAAGAUCGCCAAGUACGCCGUGCCCGAUCAGAUUCUGGUAGUGAAGCGUCUUCCAAAAACUCGGUCUGGAAAAGUCAUGCGGAGGCUCCUGAGGAAGAUAAUCACAGGCAGAACUCAGGAUCUGGGGGACACGACCACCCUGGAGGACCCCAGUGUCAUCACAGAAAUCCUGAGUGCCUACCAGAAGUACAAAGACAAAGCUGCCUCUCAGUGAUGGCCUCUAAUCAAGACCCAGUGCCUAUACCCUUAACUGUCCUUCCAGAAUGUAGCUCUCAGAUUUGCUCAUUUCCUACUGUCUCAGAAGCAGUCCUCUCCCAGAGCAUAACCCAUACUGCCCCGGUGUGAAGUCUGUGCUAAGCCCUGCCUUCUUACUGCUGAGAACCCAUGAAGAGGUACUAUGAGACAUGCUUAGCAUUUGUUUCCCCUUGUCCUGGAUUUGGUUUCCCGGAAUGAAAAUCACUGUCAUCUCCAUUUCUGUGUCACCUCCUGGCAGCACAGGAAGGGGAAAAGCCUGGUAACAUGUACCUGCUCAGAUGACUGAGAACUAGAAGCAAUCAUGUUUUUUUCCCCAGAUGCUUCUAGAUACAAAAGGCAGAAAUUUUAUUUUUACACUUUUAUAUUUUGGAAGAAUGUACAAAUACACACAUGUAGUAUGUGGAUUUACAUGCACAUGCUCUUUAUAACAUUUAGAAUUGGGAGAAUCUUUUGUGCCUCUGCUCAUGGGAAAAUAUGAAGAGGGUCAGAGGGUACAUUUUUAAUGUUUGGCAUAUUGGGGAAUCUGUAUUGGAAAUGUUUUACCUCUGUCUAAAUAUAGCUAUCUUGAGAACUUUCAAGCUUGUAGCAUCCUUUUUUUUUUUUGGUAUAUAUUUCUAUUUCCCUUGGUUUAUGUAUAAUAAAAUCUAACUCUUAAAAUUGACAGUAUGAAUGUGCUCUGAUUUUAGUUCUAGAACCAUUCAUGUAUUGUUUCUCCAAGCUGUGAAGUGGAAAGUUUUCCCUUUCCACUUUGGAUGCCUCUUGGUAGGAAGUCAACAUGCCCCAAAUAUGUGGGGAUGUUCAGGGAGGGAAGCCAAUGAAAACUCAGGUGACUCCUCAUUACGGCACUAAUUUGGCUAGAUACGGAUCCUUGAAAACUGCCCAUCCUUCAUUCUGUGGUUGGUAUGUUCCAAGGAUGAGACUUGGAACUCUGAAUCAAGUCUCUCUCUCUUUUUAAAGUAUGCCUUAAGUCAUCUAACAUUAACAAGGUGAUAUAAAUCAUUAGGUUGCAAAUUGUUAGGUUGUUUAUUUAUUAGCUAAGCAUGCAGGGGCCAAUGGCAUGGAGUACAGGUGACAGCAGCUUGCUGAGCUGGGUUCUUGGGAACAGGGAAAGGUUUUUCUUAUCUAUACCCCAUGUUAUAUGGUGCCUUGCAGCUGUGUAGGUGUUUAAGGGGUGUCUGGGGUACUCAACACCUACUGUGGAUCACAACUGUGCUUGCUUCUCUCUGAUUAGAUGUGUAUGCCUAUCACACUAACAGGGUAGCCAUUAGCUGUAGCUCGCAGAUAUACUGAGUGAUGGUCCGUUCUCUGUUGCAAAGCAACAAGCAGUGCUUAGGAAUAGAGACCUGUGGCAUGUGCGGUGGCCCUGGUGGACUGUAGUUAUGGCACUAUUUAUGA